AUGGGUGUUAUCUUUUGCCUGCGCUGCCUAUGUUCUCUCUCUUCUCCUCAGCUUUACAUCUGUGAUGAAAACAGGCGCGCCAACGAGUACGACUUCAAAAAGGCUCUGGACCUGCUCGAGUACAUCGACGAGGAGGAAGCUGAGGACAUCGACUUGUUGAAGUGUGAGAUCUUCGGGAAAGCGCUGCGGAGAGACGACUGGUCCUCUGCUGACGGCAGUGACGAUCCUCUGGAAGCAGCCAAAGACAGCAUCUUCAUCAAAGUCCUCCUCAAACUCAUCCAGGAAGGCGUUUCUCUGCAGACGUACCUGCCCGACGUCAAAGAGCUGCUGGAGCUGGACGAGCUGAGCUCUCUGAAGUCUAAACCCUACUUUGAGUUCGUUCUUCGAGCAAAUUAUGAACAUUACCUGGAGGCUCAGAUGUGAGGAAUGUUUCAGUAACACCUGCUUCAGCUUUCCGAUGUUUGAAUAUGUUUGUGCUCUUUUCUAAAUAAAUGUGUUGUUAUUUCUUUA